UGCUGAGCUUGCUAAUGGCGAUUGUCGUUGUUUUGUUCAUGAGUAUUUGUUCGAAAGCUACAGAGACUGCUGGUGCGUCUUUUACGUUGUGUGAUAGGUGGUGAGGUGUACCAAAAGAUGGGGGGUACAAGAUUUAUGGUGCAGUGGGAAGAGCACCCCUCGCACCUAGCCACACGUCUGGGUCAGCUACUAGAACAUCAGACUUUGGUAGAUGUUACAUUAAUGUGUAACACGCACACACUGCGAGUUCAUCGUGCUGUUCUUGCAGCAUGUAGCCCUUAUUUUGAGACAAUACUGCAGCGUCAGCUUGGCAUGUACCCCUUGAUAGUACUGAAGGAUAUGCAGUUCUCCGUGCUCAAAUCCCUUAUAGAAUUCAUGUACUGUGGAGAGACCAGUGUGACUGAAGACAACUUAUCUGCACUGUUGCAGGCUGCAAAGUUCUUCCAGGUGAAAGGGUUAUCUGCAAUGACUAAGGAGGCACUUGGAUUAACAUCCACAGCUCCAAAGACAGCCACAAUUAAUGGUGAUUCAGCAAGGAAAGCGUUUGUUGGUAGGUCAAAACGUGUUGGUAUGCAGCAGACGUUUGUGGCAAGUGGGUUAAAAACUUCGUCAUCCACAACGCAUGCCGCUAGUUCCCAUGUGCAUGGCUCUGGGGGUGACAUGCACACCACGACUACCGGAAAAACUAUUUUUCAAACUACACCAAAAUCGGUACCAGUUCGACAGGAUACCCAUCAGCAGCAACAGCAAACUGACACAGCUCAGCUUCUGCUGUCACUUUCAGGCACUGAGUUUCCCAAACAGACGUUCCACACUGUCAGUAAGAAUGUGAGGUUCCAUCAUGGUGUUUCUUCUAGUGGUGCUGUCACUGUGGAACCUUUAAGAUCCUGCCCUCUGGAGUCUUCAGUUGUGAAGAAUAAGGAAACUCCUGUUAAAUCAGAAGUUAUUGAUCGUGUGCCUGUUGUUACCCCAAAUGGGGGAGUAAAACCAGCAUCAGUUAAAUUGCCCACACAACUGACAGAUAAAGGAAAAGAACAGCCAGCUGUUCCUGAGAAAGUAGUGGAAACAGCAAAGGAUGAUCUUACAUCACAGGUGCUUUUUGUAGAAGAUGGACCUUGCAAGAGAGGACGUCCACUGAAGAGACAAAUGAACCUUGUGUUUCAAGAGAAAGUGUUGACAGAUGCAGACAUGGCUUUGCAGAAGGAAGCUGAAGCUAGCCGUAAGGCAUUGGAAAUGUUGCAGCAAGAGAUGUCAACAGGAGAUGAAACGUCUGCUGCAGGUGUGACUCAGUCAACUGAGUGCACACAGGAGAAAAUUAUGCCAGUGAAACAGAUUUUAUCGAAGUCGCCAACACCACAACCUGUCAAUAACAUCCUAACAACAGCUCCAAGAAUAUUGCGUAAAGAACCAGUGGCUUCCACCAAACUGGUUGCCACAAAGACAGACAUUGUUACACAAGCAACUUCUGUAAAUGCACCUGAACCAAGCAGUCAGAACAUUAUAAAUCAAGUUGCUGGGAAUUCAGUUUCUGCCAUUGACUCUGGAAAUAAUGAGACAAAUAUUGUUUAUCAGUUGGAAGAGGGUGUUAUUGCAGGCCAGGAUUCCAGCAGUACCACAAAUAUUGUUUAUCAAGUAGCUGAUAAUGCUCUGGUGUCUGGACAAGACUCUAGCAGCCAGAAUAUUAUCUAUCAGGUGGCUGAUAAUACUGGUACUUCUGCUGAGGGAAGUAACAGUACAAACAUCAUAUAUCAGGUUGCUGAUAAUAGCAAUGCAGGAUCUGGCUCAGCCAUGAGUCAGUACAUGGAAGUGCUGAAGGAAGCAGGCCUUCCAUCUGAUGUUCCAAUUUUAUUAGAGAGCAGUGAUGGUUCAUAUGUGACUGUGAAUGAAGAGGUGCUUAUGAAUAUCAUGAACGGUGGGGUGAUUCAGGUAGGAGAUGGAAGUAUUGUUGGUGGUGAAGGUGUUCAGUUCAUUGUUCAGGAAGUUCAGGAAGUGACUGAAGGUCAAGUUGAAGCUGCUGAAGCAGCAGCAGAACAGUUGGUCAGUGCAGAAAUGAAUGCUACUGAGAAUAUUGCAGUAAAUGAACAGAUGCAAAUAAAAGAAUCCAGCAGCACCAUAAUAGAAUCAUCAGCUACCACUGAAACUGACACAGACAUAGUCAAACCUUUCAGAGAACAGGGAAAUGAGACCUGUGGUAAAGAGGGGGCGAAAGACUUACCUUCUCUUGAAAGAAAUGAAGCAAUGGACAUCGAGCUUGCAGCUUCUCAAAAUGAAAAUAACACUGCACUCUCUUGCAGUAGGAAUCCAGUUCAGUACGAAGUAAAUCAAAUGGUAAUGGGAGAAACUGGAGUAGUGACAGAUAGUACACCAAUGGAGGUUGAUCAAGGAGUGAUGCCCCAGUCAGCCACUGAACCUCCAUCACAUUCUGAUGAGGUAAUAACUGGAGAUGGUUACGGAGAAGAAGCUAUGGAAGGUUUUGCUGUAAUGGACACAAAAGUGAAUGUGGGAAGGACAAGAGUGCAUUACGCAGGGUCAGACACGACUAAGUUUACCUUUCCUGAGCAGACUUGUAGCAGUGCAGUAGAGGACAAGUCAUUCCCCACAUCCGAAUCCGAAAAGGUAGCAGAAGUACCAGAAAAUGGAGGCAUGUCUGUGGAGCAAGCAUUGCAAGCAAUGAUGGGUGAAGGGAGUGACACCGAGAUGGAAGUUAGUGCUAACACUGAUGCAGAUGGCAUCACCAAGGUCAAACCCAUAAUCUCACAUCGUGAUACGAAAGGUCAUAGCACCCAAAAUGAGGGCUCCAUUGAUGAGGAAACAGAAGAUCUGCGUCUUGUUCUCAGCCCAGAUGAUGAUUCUGUAAAGGUUGAAGAUGAGAGUCGAUCAACGGGGGAAGGAUCUGUAAAUGAUUCAUUUACUUUGGCUCUUAACAGCCCUGAUAGUACUGGAAAUGAUAAAACUCAUUCAGAAGCAGAGAAUAUGGUAGAAUCUGUUGAAGGAGGUCAGCAGGUUGAAAUGAAGUCAGUUGAAUCUGAAAACUAUAGCCAAGCACAGAUAAAUCAGGUUGGACAAACAGAGGUUAAAUAUCCUUCUGAAUCGACAUUAACUUCAGUACUCAAGUCCAGUGGUUCAGCUGGUGUUGAUAUUUUGCCCAGUGAGGCUAGUUGUAUGGAAAAGUAUGAAAAUUCUAACUAUGUAGAAAUUAAUGGAUCUGAAACAGAUGAACCUAGGAUGCAGGCUGUAACUAAUGAAGUGGAUACAAUACCUGUGCAAAUAAGCAAUUCAUUUUCCUUACAAUCUAAUUCUGAUCUGGCUUCAGAAACCAAAUCCUAUGAAUCAGCAUCAGAUGAUGUUAGUUUCGAUAAAACUAAACAAGGAUCAGAAUCAAACAACAUAUCAGCAAAUAAAUCUGGUGAUGGUGAUGAAACUACUGAAAUACCAACUUCAGAACUAAAUUCAGCAUCCCCUGUUGUUGAGAAUGAUACAAUUUCAAGUAAUGGAGCUGUCAAAGAAGUACUUUCAGAAACUGAUACUACUUCUAAUAUUGGUUUCAGCAGUAAUGUAGAUAAAGUAGAUGAAGUUUCACGUGCAGAAACAGAUGCUGCCACAUGCAGUACUGAAAAUUCAAUACGUGUCUGUGGCAGUGGAGAUGACAAGUCUCCACCUGUAAAAGCUCUCACUGACCCAGUUGCUGGAACUGGGGAUGAGGAGGGCACUGUAGAUAAAACUAAUUCAGUUAACGAGUUGUUCGAUUCAAGCAGGGUUGCUGCAUCAGCAGAAGCAAAGACUGAACUGAAGAAUAACACAAUAUUAGAUUCAUUUGUUCCAGGUACUGUUCAGCAAGGUAUAACAGGAAAUGUUUUAACAGCUAAACAAGACAGGGAUAGACAGGAUACAGAAUUAAGCAAGGAAGCAACAGAAAUAUACUUCAAUUCAGAUAAAGGAAUUGAAAGUAAGGAAACAACUGAGAUCCCGUGCUGUGAAUCUGAUCCAGAAAACAAACCAGAGGAAGAUUGCAAGAUGGACGGUGAAUCUACAGUUCUUGUGGAGAAUAGUGACACAGAAUUUAUAUCAGCGAGUAUAAACAUGGGUGAAAAUGCUCUUCAAGCCCAUGUUGAUAGCAGUGAAGGUGCUGUUUCUUCUCCAAGUAAGGAUAUACCGUAUGCUGUCGGACUUUUGCCACUGAAGACUGCACUUGAAAAACUUCAAGCUAUGCCUGAAUACCAUCCUAGAAAAACAAGAUCAGCAUCGUCAGGAAAGGAAUCUGGUGGUGAAGCACCUGCUGGUCGUCUGAAGAGAAAAACUUCUUCUUCAGCAGACAGUUUGGAGAAGAAAAUGAAGACAUGCGAUGCAGAUGAUGGUGAUGGGAGUUAUGACAGUGAAGGUACCAUGGUGAUGGCUGUCGAAGACUUUGAUGGGCACACGGUGUUAGAGGCUUGUAUAGAAGAAGAUAACAAAACCACAUUAAUAUCUCCAUCUCCACAGGAAUCUGUAGAAACAGUUGCAGUUGAAAAUAAAAUGGAAGCACUACUGUCAACGAUUGAACUGGUAUCUGAUUCAAGCGAUGCUGUAUGAAACUUUGUUUAUUUGAAAUAAAUUCCACCCCCCCAGCAAGUGCUUUAAAUAAAUUUUUGGUUUUGUGUACAUUACUGUAUGAUGUUGGGGUGUUUUUUGAAAGUGUUUUUGUGUAUGUGAGAUUUGAUCACAUGGCAGUAGCUAUGAAGGUCACAGUCUUCUGAGAUGUGGUGCUGUACAGUCUCAUAGAUUAUUACCUACAUUUGGAAGGAACCUGCUGCCUCCGUCUCCCCGACUACAGGGCGUCAAAUCACAGGAGACAGUAAUCUUCAUUUUGUUUAUGUUUUUCUCCUACAUAUUUUACAGACAGUGUUGCCAAUCCAUAUAGCCAAUUUUAUGAGGUGUGGUCGUUAAAUAUAUAAGUGUUCAUAAUGUAAACUUGGGCUUUUGUUUAACAUUUCUUUCACAACACAUACACACAAAUUAUGUCUUUAGUUGCUUUGUUUAUUUCUCUUGUACAAACAAGCCCUGUGGCAGAUUUUGGUAAAUGUAAUAAUAAUUGUCAUACUUGUGCUGGUGGGGUGUGUGAGAAAAUAUUGAAAUUGCGUUACAAUAGCUUACAUAGAUUUAUUUUGAGUUCAGUGAUGUACAUGCCAUUUAAUAUAGUAUGUUUAUGACAAGGGAACUGACUGCCAAUUUCUUGUGCUGUCAUACCCAAUAUGAUUAUUGUAUAAUACAUUUUAUAAUGAUAAUAAAUGCCUGGGUUAUGUGUAUUAUGGGUGCAUUUUUUCAUUUGUAUUAACUGGAAAUUGAACUAUAUUCCAUAAGACAUUGUACUUGUAUUUUUCCACUUUUUCAGGUACUGAAACUGUAUGGAAAGUUGGGCAUGUCUAGGAAGUAAUGUAGAAAAUUGCACAUGAAUUAUAGUAAUUAAUCUUGUAUCUUCAGGUGUCAGAGAUGUUUGUUUGUGGACUAUGCAGAUUCCUUGUAAUAGCUACCCAAAGGUAUAAAAGAAGUAUAAAUCAGCAAUUUGGCAUAAAGUACUGCAAUCAAUGCCUGUCUUGUGUAUAUAUAUAUAUAUAUUUGAAUCAGUUUUUAACUUCAACAGAUAGCUGUAAUAAAGAAUAAGAUGUAUUAAAGUAAGGUGUUUUAGGAUUUAGAAGGGUGUUUCAUUUUAAUGAAGCUCUGUGUCAGGCGGACACUAGGCAGUGUAAUGUGUUAACUAUAUCCAGAAUGAAUUUGGUUUCUUCAUUGUAUAUUUUUCUCUCCAUGUAGUAAUUAGUAAUCAGAAGCAUGUAAAUGUGUAAGCAGCAUACAUGAAGUGUUAAUACUGGCAGUUUUCUUAAAGAUAUUAGAAAAUUUAUAUGUUUACUAGCAUACAAAAGAUACAGUUUGUUGUAGAAGAUUAAUUAGCAUAUCACAUUUUGUAUUUCAGGCAAUUCUGCUUUAGUGAGUAGAUUUCAUAAAACCAAAUAUCUUGUUCAUGACACAGGAUGUGAAAUAAGCCUGAAAAUUAAGUCUAUAUGUUCUGGUUAUGGUGGUGUUGCAAUAAACAUGACUAGUAUUUUGGACAUCUCCAUUUUCUUGAGCUUUCUCAAACACUGUUUGAUCUGCUGUUGUCAACAGGUGUAGGGAGGAAGUGUUCUCAUUAAGGUGGCCCUAUUAUAACGAGCUAGUCUUACAUCGAUAGACAGAAAAUACUGGUUAUAUAACCUAUUUCAGUGUCCAGUAAACAGGGGUAGCUCUUUUCUGGUAGGCUCAGCUGUAUAGGAACCUUGCCUUCUUGCAUUUAAUGAUGGAAACAUGUGUUUUCUGAUGCAUUGUGUUUAAAGGAUGUACUGUGUCAAAAAUAAUAGUCAUAUUUAAAGGGUGCAAGUAAUAUCCUGUUUUGUUUUAUUAUUAUAUCCCUCUUUGUAAGUUUGUCACUGUUUCGUUUUAUUUUAUGCUGUGUUACAGUAUGUGUAGUCCCAACAUUGGCUUUCCCACCACAAAAGUAAAUGUUAUGAAAUUCUUGUGUAUAUACAUAUUUUAUGUCUCAUUAGUUGUGUACAAAGAUUACUGUAUCAGAUAUCAAUAAACACUACUUGUAAAGAUAGCUUGAUCUCUGAAUUUUUAGUUAUGCUUGAAUCAUAUAAUACUGUUUGGCAUGUAUAUGACAAUUGUUAGCAUGAUUUCAGUUUCCAGCAUUCAUGCGAAGUUAUUAUUAAAGUUUUAUAAAUUUCUGUCACAAUGAAUAAAUGAAGGAGGACACGUUUUUUAAACAUGUGUUGCACUGAUCAUCACCUGAAGGGCAGGAGACCUACUUGUAAGUGGAAGAGAUAUGUUCAAGUCCAUUACUAUGGAGAAGGAAGAUAGGAAACCUGUGAAGAAUAAUGCCAAGAAGAGGAGAAGAUACAGUUUGCUAUUUUGUUGAGUACCUCUGCUGUUAUACAGAAAGUAUUUCAGUAUUAUUAUUUUUCUUAUUGUUACUCGUUUAAGAUUUGUUUAACUAAUUGGACUGUAGUAAAUAAGUUCCAGGUGAUUGUGUUUCAUAUUAACAGUUUGAUCAUACAGUCUCUUUUUCUUUAGUCUAGUUUCUGGCAACACUGAAGGAAAGUCAUCCUAUAGGUUACCGUGACUUCAUGUUUAAGGAUGGCAGCAGUGCUGACAUUCCUAUCAGGAUGACUAAACAAGUUUGCUCGUCAAUGGCAUAUGUGAUGUAUUCAGGAUCUACCCUAUUUUGAGUCUUGGGCAAGGUGUUUGGUGUCAUAUGACUGCAGUUCUUGUGGUUUUUCUUGGGUUAUCUAGACAGUUCUGCCAAUACUUGCAUCUGCCCUUUCCAAUUCAGAUUAUGUAUGUAACCUUUUCUCUUGUAUGAUGCUUAAUAAUUAUGUUUUAAAUUCUCAUGGUGAGUAGUACGAUUAUAGGUUUUGGGUUGGGACGCUUUGUAAUCUAGUGGAAAGGUACAAAUGUUUCAGAGAUACCUGGAGGCAGCAGGUUCCUUUAAAAAAUUGGCGCCUUACAGCUAGGCUACAUGGUUUCAUGUCCAAGAAGCCCAUAGUCAUGUUGUCCAUAUGGUGCACAAUUGUGCUGUGUUAAUGUGAUGGUUCAAAAGGACAUGUUGCAUUGUUUACAGUAAAACUCUUAUCGCCAUGUUUAAAUGUGGCCGCUGGAAACACGGUAUCAGGAAAUCCAAAUCUGCAUGAUGAAUAAUAACUAUUAACUAAUGCAGCAUUAUUUAUAGGAAAUAAAUCAGUGCAGAAUAUUAAAAUUUGUAUGAUUAUGGAAUCUUCCAAAGAUUAACUUUUGUUACUUAUGAAUUUAUUCUUGUUUAAUAUUAUUGGAUUUUGUAUGUGCUUUUAGUUCUUGGAUGUGCUGCUGUGAUUAUUCGGUUAUUCCUCUUUUCUGGUAUUCUGUGUUUAGAGAUAAUGAAUUUGCAUGGCACAAAAUAUUUUAAUUUAAUUGAUGGACCAUGAUGUCUCAGAAUGUGAAAUUUGUUGUGCUGAGAUGCCCUACUCAUGUCAGUUUUUCUCUUAUCAUUAUUACAAUAUGAAUAUUUAAAGUAAUUAACGUUGACUUUGAUGGGCUAGGUCAUUAAGGCCUUUUCCUGUGCAGUCCAUGAUUGUCACUUUGGUAGUAGAAUGCCAGCUGUGGAAGGCAGUCUCUUUGCAAAUGAUUUUUCCAGUUUUGUUGAUAUACUGGUAUCUUCUCAACUACAUUUAUAACUCAGUUGUCAGGACUUCAGGCUUUCUUUCAUGGUCUAAUCUAGUGAAGCCUGGUGGUGAUCUUAGACCAGCAUGUGCACUACCUCUAAUUUCUGGAAUUCCUUUUGCUUUAAAUUCUGUAUUUCAUUGCUGUAAUUGUUGUGAUUUAUGUAGCUGUAAAGUUGUGUGAAUUAACAUUUGUCUGCCAGAAUUAUACCAUUUAUUUUAUUGUAUCUUUGUAACUUUAUGACAUUUUUCUUCAGUCCAGAAAUUGUUUCCUAAGUAAAUAAAGUCAUAUAAUUGUUCUGUUA